AUGGAUGUAGACAAAAUAGCAAACGUAUUAUACGACAGGAAUAAUUAUUCGCAUUUCGUUGAUUUACUUUCAAUCAAUGUCUCCACAGAAGAAUCAGAACAACAGCAACAAGAUUUGAACACCUGUGAAUUGUUCACUUUUGGCACAUUUAAACAAUAUUUCAAAUAUGAACAGAAGUACAAAUUAAAUCUUGAGUCAGCUGAGAAGUUAGCUAAGAUAAGUAUAAUUAGAUUAUCUAAUGAUUAUGAGAAUGAAACACUACCCAUUGAAGAGAUCUUACAGGAUGAGAAAUAUGGCUUAACCACUGGAUUACGACUUUUAAAUGAACUUAAUGGAUCUAACGAUGAUAUCGAGUCAGCCCUUUAUAAGUUGGUUAUAGAAUUAGUAUUCCAAGGAUUGGUUAAUAUGACUAUUGAUGAGUAUUCACAAUCAAUAAUAAUCGGAGAGGUUAAAUUAUUACUUGAUUCCUAUGAUUCAAAAUAUUAUCAAUUACUAGUAUUGGAAGAACUGGCUGAUAUUCCCAAUAGGUCAUUGAGUGUUGCUCAUAAGAACUUGAAUCAAUGGUUUAAUGAUAGAUUAGUUCCAUUACAGAAAGAAACAGAAAAUCAGGCAAAUGUUCUUGAAAAAGAACAACAAGCGAAAGAAAAGGCUAUUCAAGUUGCACAGAAUACCAAAAAGAGGAAAUCUCCCGAUAACUACACGAUAGAAGUAUGA